AUGAAGAGCGGUUAUCGCAUUGUUCUCUACUGGGCACUACUCCUCUUCAUUCCCCUAUACCUGCUAGAAGCCCAUCUCGCAGACCUUGCCAACCAGUACCACGCAGGCGCCUAUCUAAUCGACUGGCUGAGCAGCAGCAACCCUCAAAGCAAAUGGGCCGCUUACACAGGAAACACCACAGACAAAAUCAUCGUCAUGGCAAGGCUGGAAGAGGAAUCCGUAAGCUGGGUCCACGAGGAACUUCCAGGCUGGCAACGAGCAAUCUACACAGUCAACCCCUCACCAAGCACAACCGCCGAUAAGCACCGUCUCAAAACACCCCUCAACAAAGGCCACGAGUCAAUGGCGUACCUCACCUACCUAAUAGACCACUACAACGACCUCCCCUCCACAAUCGCCUUCAUCCACUCGCACCGCUCCGGCUUCCUCUCAGCCUGGCACGUCGACGCCCCAUUACACGACAACGUCGCCGCCCUGCGCUCCCUCCAACUCGACUUCGUGCAACAAAACGGCUACGUAAAUCUCCGCUGUAAUCCGAACCCCGGGUGCACGCAGAAACACGGAUACACGCACAAUCCGCACGUCACGGAUGCCGUCUGGACCGACAUAUUCGAGGGCACGAGCACGCCGCCGCUGAAUUCAACAGAAGCCAGCGCAGAUGAACGCGGAUCAGACCCUUUACGCAUCCAGGCUGAACCAAGGGCCCUCAAGAUACCGGCCCAAGUGGCAGCAGCAUGCUGCGCGCAGUUCGCGGUGUCCCGGGCCCAAGUCCUCCAGCGCCCUCGCGAGGAUUACAUCAAGAUCCGGCAGUGGGUUAUUGAUACGGAGCGGAGCGAUGCGUCUAGUGGUCGGGUCAUGGAGUAUCUGUGGCAUGUGAUUUUCGGCAAGGAGUCCGUGUAG